AUGUGGCUCCUGUUGGUAACUCUGGUGUCCCCACUGGCCUCAGUCUUCGGCGUGGGGGCAGACUCCAAGGCGGUCACCACGACCCUCACGGCCAAGUGGGCAGACACACCUUUGCUUCUGGAGGCAAGUGAAUUCCUUGCAGAGGAGAGCCAAGAAAAGUUCUGGGACUUUGUCGAGGCCAGUCAGAACAUAGAAGAGCAUGAUGCUGAUACGGACCAGGCCUACUACGAGUUGAUCAUGGAGAAGGCGGGUACCUUGCUUAGCUCCAUCCAAGUGAACAUGCUCAAGUUCGCUCUUUCCCUCAGAGCCUACUCAGCAACAGUGCACUCCUUCCAGCAGAUUGCUUCAAAUGAGACUCCUCCUGCUGGCUGUUCAGCCUUUUUCAGCAUCCAUGGAGAGAAGACGUGCAAUCCCGACAUGUUGGAAGCGCUCCUGAAAACCGCUUCGGAAAGGCCAAAGCCGUACCUUUUCAAGGGUGACCAUAAAUAUCCCGGGUCAAAGUCAGACGCUCCUGUUGUCAUCCUGUACGCCAAGUUGGGGAGCACAGAUUUUCAUGAACUGCACCAGGCCGUUGUGGAAAAAGUCGCGAAAGGCUUAGCGAUUUAUGUGCUUCGUCAUUAUGUUGCGAAUCCAAGCACAAAGAAGGUCUCUCUUUCUGGCUAUGGAGUGGAGUUGGCGAUCAAAAACCAAGAGUACAAGGCAAAGGAUGACACACAAGUCCAAGGGGCGGAAGUGAAUGCCACAAUGAUCAGGGAUAACGAUCCCGUGGAUGAGGUCCAAGGAUUCCUUUUCGGUCGACUCAAGAAGCUUUACCCAGAACUGAAAGAACAGUUAAAGGAGUUGAGGAAACAUUUAGUGGAAAGCACCAAUGAAAUGGCGCCACUCAAAGUCUGGGAAAUGCAAGACCUCAGCUUCCAGACAGCUGCUCGCAUCCUUGCUGCUCCAGCCGUGGAUGCCCUUAAUGUUAUGAAGGACCUAAGCCAGAACUUCCCAACCAAGGCCAGGUCCAUCACCAAAACAGUGGUCAGUAAUGAGAUCCGCAAAGAGAUCGCCGAAAACCAGAAGUUCUUCAAAGGAACGCUGGGGCUGCAUCCAGGUGACUCUGCCCUGUUCAUCAAUGGGCUGCACAUCGAUCUGGACUCACAAGACAUUUUCAGUGUGUUUGAGGUACUGCGCAGUGAGGCCCGGGUGAUGGAGGGUUUACGCUCACUGCUCAUUGAUACGCCAUACAUCCACGACAUUCUCAGACUCAACGUACAGCCAUCAGACUCCGACUACGCUGUUGACAUCCGCAACCCCGCCAUUAGCUGGAUCAACAACUUGGAGACGGACCACCGGUACAGCUCGUGGCCCUACAAUGUUCAGGAACUGCUCAGACCCACCUUCCCCGGUGUGAUUCGGCAGAUCCGCAAGAACUUCCACAAUCUGGUGAUCAUUCUAGAUCCGACUCAGGAGAGCGCAGUUGAGUUGUUAAGUGUUGCAGAGAUGUUCUAUUCAAACAACAUCCCACUCAGGAUCGGGCUGAUAUUUGUAGUGUCAGAUGAAGAUGAUAUAGACGGAAUGCGGGAUGCGGGUGUGGCCCUAUUGCGGGCUUACAACUACAUCAGCGACGAGGUGGACAGUCACAAUGCUUUCGAAGCAGUCAUCUCGAUGUUCAACCUAGUCCCUCAAGGUGGGCAGCUGACUGUUUCCAAUGUGGUUAAAGUUCUGGAAAAGAGGUUCCCUUAUGUGGAGAUCAGCAGCGUCCUGGGAGCCGACUCAAGCUACGAUACCAACAGAAAGGAAGGGCGGGCAUACUACGAGCAGACGGGCGUGGGCCCAUUGCCAGUGGUCAUGUACAACGGGAUACCAUACCCGCGUGAGCACCUGGAGCCAGAUGAACUGGAGACGAUCACCAUGCAAAAGAUAUUGGAGACCACCUCCUUUUACCAGAGGGCCGUCUACCUGGGCGAGCUGGCGACUGAUCAUGAUGUGGUGGAUUUUAUCAUGAACCAGCCCAACGUCGUCCCUCGCAUCAACUCCCGAGUGCUGUCCACCACCAGACAAUACUUGGACCUUUCUGACACCAACAACCAUUUUGUGGACGAUUAUGCUCGCUUCUCCACUCUGGACACACGGCAGAAGAGUACGGCCGUGGCCAACAGCAUCAAUUACAUGACCAAGAAAGGCAUGGCUACACGCACAAUGGCAGAUGAUGGCUACAUCCGGCCCGUGACCUUCUGGGUGGUGGGAGACUUUGACACGCCUUCAGGACGCAGCCUCCUCUAUGAUGCCAUCCGACACAUGAAAACCAGCAACAACGUGCGUUUGGGCACGAUCAGCAACCCGUCGGCCAACCCGUCCGCCGAGUCGAGCCAGGUGACGCGUGCCAUCUGGGCCGCUAUGCAAACACAAUCUGCCAACAAUGCCAAGAACUUAAUCACCAAGAUGGCCAAAGAAGGAACGGCAGCGGCACUGCAGAAAGGAACCGACAUUGCUGAGUUUGCUGUUGGGGGGAUGGAUGUGUCGUCUUUCAAGAACGCAUACGAGAGUUCCAAAUUUGACUUCCUGCUCUCCCAUGCCGCUUAUUGCCGAGACGUACUCAAACUGAAGAAGGGCCAGAGAGCCGUCAUCAGCAACGGACGAAUCAUCGGUCCUCUGGAGGAGGACGAGGUAUUCAAUCAGGAUGACUUUCUCCUGCUGGAAAGCAUCAUACUCAAGACUUCGGGCGAACGCAUCAAAAGCAAAGUACAGCAGUUGGGAAUUGAGGAGGACAGGGCCAGCGACUUGGUGAUGAAGUUGGAUGCUCUGCUCUCAUCUCAGCCCAAAGGAGAAGCACGCAUGGACUAUGACUUUGCUGGCGAACGCCACAGUGCUGUGAAGAUCCGUCCCAGGGAAGGAGACGUUUACUUUGAUGUCAUAGCCGUGGUGGACCCCGUGACGCGGGACACUCAGAAGCUGGCUCCUUUUCUGAUAGUUCUAAAACAACUCGUCAAUGUCAACAUGCGUGUCUUCAUGAACUGCCAGUCCAAACUGUCUGAUAUGCCUCUGAAGAGUUUUUAUCGCUACGUGCUGGAGGCGGAUGUGACUUUCCAGGCGGGCGGCAGCUUUUCGCCCGGUCCAAUGGCGCAGUUCUUAGACAUGCCUCAGUCGCCGCUCUUCACUCUCAACCUCAACCCUCCGGAGGGUUGGAUGGUGGAGUCCGUACGCACUCGCUACGACCUGGACAACAUCUACCUGGAGGAGGUGGAAAACAUCGUCGCGGCACAGUACGAGCUGGAGCACCUUCUCCUGGAGGGUCAUUGUUUCGACGUCAGCUCGGGCCAGCCGCCACGUGGCCUCCAGUUCACGCUGGGCACCGCCUCCGAGCCCGUCAUCGUGGACACCAUCGUCAUGGCAAAUCUCGGUUAUUUCCAGCUCAAGGCCAACCCAGGAGCCUGGAACCUGAGACUGAGGAAAGGCAGAUCUGAUGAAAUCUAUAAGAUAUACAGUCACGACGGAACCGACUCGCCGGCAGACUCGGAUGACAUCAUCGUGGUCCUGAACAACUUCAAGAGCCGCAUCAUCAAGGUCAAGGUCCAGAAGAAAGCGGACAAGUUCAACGAGGAACUGCUAAGUGACAGCAGCGCCGAGGAAAACGACAGCGGCUUCUGGAAGUCUCUGACUAGAGGCUUCACGGGUGGCGGGAAGACAGAAGAGGCCAAACAGGAUAAGGACGACGUCAUCAACAUCUUCUCGGUGGCCUCGGGUCACCUUUACGAGCGCUUCCUCAGGAUUAUGAUGCUGUCGGUCCUGAAGAACACCAACACGCCCGUCAAAUUCUGGUUCCUCAAGAACUAUCUGUCGCCCACUUUCAAGGAGUUCAUUCCCCACAUGGCCGAGAAAUACGGCUUCCAGUACGAGCUGGUCCAAUACAAAUGGCCCCGCUGGCUUCACCAGCAGACAGAGAAGCAGAGAAUCAUCUGGGGAUACAAGAUCCUCUUCCUGGACGUCCUAUUCCCGCUCGCUGUCGACAAGAUCCUUUUCGUUGACGCCGACCAGAUCGUGCGUACGGACCUGAAAGAGCUGCGAGAUUUCGACCUGGAGGGGGCGCCGUACGGCUACACGCCUUUCUGCGAGAGCAGACGGGAGAUGGACGGAUAUCGAUUCUGGAAGUCUGGAUACUGGGCCAGUCACCUGGCCGGACGCAAGUACCACAUCAGCGCCCUUUACGUGGUGGACUUGAAGAAGUUCAGGAAGAUCGCAGCAGGGGAUCGACUACGUGGUCAGUACCAGGGUCUCAGCCAGGACCCCAACAGUCUGUCCAACCUGGACCAGGAUCUUCCCAACAACAUGAUCCAUCAAGUGCCAAUCAAGUCUUUGCCUCAGGAGUGGUUGUGGUGCGAGACGUGGUGCGACAACGCCUCCAAGAAAAAUGCUAAAACUAUCGACCUGUGUAACAACCCGAUGACCAAGGAGCCCAAGCUGCAGGCGGCCGUGCGCAUCGUGUCCGAGUGGAGUGACUACGACCAGGAAGUCAAACGACUGCAACAGGAAGUCACACGUGGGAAGAGCACGGCAGAGGAUCCCAGCACAGAUGUGCACACGGAGCUGUGA